AUGAUCCGUUUACAACCCACUCCAAACGAUUUUCAAAAUAGUUUCAAUUCUCCAAGGAAUAAUCUUGAUUUAACCAAUACCUCUCUCGGUAAUUUCUCUCAAAUUCCUUCCCAAAAUAUCCCUUCCUCCAUGUAUCAAACUGCAGCUUCAAGUCAAUAUCAAUCACAACCUUCAUUCGUGUACGGAAAUCAAAGUAUAACUUACACUUCCAACACCAAUCAUUCAAGAACGUCCUCGGCUGCAUCUUUUUCUAGACAAUCGCCGACAGACGGUUCUUUUGGAUUCGAAGCUAACGGUUAUUCUCAAUUGAAUUAUAAUAGAUACGAUCAAUCAACCAACACGGGAAGUACUAUGAAUUCUCAACCAGAUGUCAAAGCAUCGUCUCUUGAUGUGCAACAGAAUCAAACUUCUCCGCACAUGAUCCCCUCAAGUGCAACGUCAUCUGCUACUUUAUCCCCAGAUAGUGGUUUAAAAGUCCUUCCUCCAUUAUCUGAAGUUUUCCCACAAACCACCACGCUCUCUGGUCAAUCCUCAAAUUCCACAGCUCCAUCACCUACUCAAUCUCAUGUGAAUGGUUUUUUUCAAUCGAUUCAGCAAUAUCCUGAUGCCGCUUCAUACACCACCGAGGGUGCGACUUAUGGUUCAGCACCACAGGGUUCCCUGAUGUCACAAGCUCAACAACAAUCGCUUGGACAGCAGGCCGCCGCUUUAAGUCAGCAGUCCCAAAUCGCUUCAAAUAUUCCUGUUGUGGAUCCACGUACAUUACCAAGACUCGGUCCAACUGCUUCAGAUUUACAACAAGCCAGCAUUCAGACCGCUGCCAUGUUAGAUCCAUCAAGACGCGGUAGCAAUGCAAUAUUAGCAAUCAAUACCGGUUUGACUGUUGGUUCUGAGCAAUCACCUUUGAGCGCUGGGUCAUCAACGGGAUCACCGAUUGUCACUGGUGUUCCGGGAGCGACAUUAAAUUACCAACAUCCGGCGGCUGCUCACCAAGCUUUACUCAACAGCCACUUUAUGGCUGCCGCACAAUCCAUGAAUAAUAGUGGAAUGUUAGCUUCUUCACAUCGCGCUUUGAACGGUCGUAAAGGUUACAGGACAGAUGAUGAUAUGAAUUCUGCAGGGGAUCGUCCACAGAAAGUAUAUUCAUUCGUUGCUCUACCAGGCAUAAACACAAAGAAGAGGCCUCGACGACGAUACGAUGAGAUUGAACGUCAUUAUGCUUGCAACUUCCCCGGGUGCACAAAGAGUUAUGGUACUCUCAAUCACUUGAACGCUCAUGUACAGAUGCAAAAGCACGGACAGAAACGACACCCAUCCGAAUUCAAAGAACUCCGCAAACAGUGGAGACGACAGAAACGAGAGGAGGAAGAGCGAAAGGCUGCGGAAGCUGCUGCUGCAAAAAAUCCCGUUGGAAUAAACAUAUCUCUUCCAUCAAUAUAA